AGUUUGGGAGCCAGAAGAGACAGGAGCAGAAGCCGAAGUCCUCCAGAGGGGUCUCCCCCAUCAAAAGUCUUUAAACAAGCUAAAGAAUAUCCCCAAUAUCCAAGACAGUCAGACAAAGACAGAUGGCCAACUAAGCAGACUGAGACAAAGUUGGUUUCUCAUCAGUGCCACGAAACUUUUGUGCCAAAGAUUGUGGUGCAGGAAUACAGACAAGAAAAGGUGACUUCUCCUACAAUGCCAUAUACCUAUGCACAAGCUGUGAUGCAGACCAGGACAAAGUCGCCACCAGAAUUCCAGGCUCCAGCCUGGCCAGAGACUCCUUUGCAAGGCCAACAGCAGCCUCAGGAACAAGGAUUGAUACAACAGCAACAGCCACUGCAGGAGGAACAUCUUAACAGACAGACAGGUGAGCUACAACAGCAAGAGGUCAAGCAACAGCAGCCACAAGAAGCGCAACAGCAGGGGCAGAUGCAAACACAACCACAACAGCUGCAACAGAAGCAGGAACAACAACAAGUGGAGCAGCAGCAGCAGGUACAAAUGCCUCAAUAUCAAGUUCAGCAGCAGGUGGUAACCGACAAGCAAACAGCAGAGCCCCAUGAACAGAUGUCACCUCAACAACCACCUGUGAAGAAACCGCUUCUGAGCACCCAGGAGCUUCAAAGCAGAAAGACUCAGGCCAUGAAGAACCGGCCCUGGCUUCAGAAGCCAGCAUCAGGAGAGCAUAAAACUCCCUCUCCAGAUCCAGAUCAGCAUUCCACUCAGGAAUCAAUUCAAACUAGACAGACUCAGUCGCAGUCAGACAAAGAAACUUUGGUGUCAGUUCAGGUUGUUUCACAGCAUACAGCAACUACCAAGCCACAACCUGAGGCACAGGCAAAGGUUACAAAGCAGCCAGAACAACAGCACAUAGAGCAACAAAACCAAACACAGCAACCUCAAAAUCUAGAGCAGCAACAACUGCAACAUCAGCAAAAACAACAAAAAGAGAAGCCUCAACAACAAAAGCCACAGGAACUGGAAAAACAACAAAAGCAACAAGAACAAUUGCUACAGCAGCAACAACAGGAAAAACAACCACCGCCUAUUGUAAAACAGACUCCACCAGGUUCAGACACCAAGCCUAAAUCCCAGGCCGUAAGUAUGGCUCAGCGUCACCCACAAACAAAGGCCCAGAAUCAGUCACAACCCCAAACUAUGGUUCAGUCUAUAUCUCAGACAGCAGUCCAAGUGCAAGUGCAGGUGCAGUCCACAAGUGUGUCCCACACUACCACAGACAGUCAGCAACCACCUAAGACUAUGCCCCUGCCCAGAGUGAGCCAGAGUCAGUCACAGACACAAGUUCCUCCACAGCCCCAUGGCCCCAAGAAGGCACAGUCAGUGACAGAGGGACAACUCCAGGUUCAGACUCAGUCCCACGGAUCACAGCCAUCCAUGCAGCCACAGGAUCUAGCCCAUGGCCCACCCGUAGCUCAAGUGCAGACACUGGCUCAAGUCAAACCUUCUUCACCUCUACCUGCUCAGCUGCAAGGCCAAUUUCCGCCUCCUGUGCCAUCCCACAUUCAGCUUCGGAGUCAUCCACAGUCAUGGUCCCCUGUUAGGCCACCCUCCCCAAAACCACCAACACAGGCCCAGAUGACCCAUCCUCAAACCCAUCCUCAGUCUAUGCCCCAGCUUCAAAUCCAGGCUCAGUCUACGGCACAGGCUCAAACCCAUCCUGAGUCUAUGCCCCAGCAUCAAACCCAUGCUCAGUCCAUGACCCAAGUUCAAACUCAUCGUCAACCAAAGACCCAGCCUCAAAUCCAGCCUCAGUCUACGACACAAGCUCAAAUCCAUCCUCAGUCAAUGUCCCAUCCUGAAACCAAUCCUCAGUCAAUGCCCCAAGCUCAAAUCCAUGCUCAGUCGAUGGCACAGGCUCAAAUCUAUCCUCCGUCCAUGGCCCAUCCUCAAACCCAUGCCCAGUCAAUGCCCCAGCCUCAAAUCCAAGCUCAAUCAACAGCACAGGCUCAAAUCUAUUCUCCCUCCAUGGCUCAUCCUCCAUCCAUGGUCCUGACUCAGUCCCAUCCUCAGUCCAUGGCCCAUCCUCCAUCAAUGGCCCUGACUCAAUCCCAUCCUCAGGCCAUGGCCCAUCCUCCAUCUAUGGCCCAGACUCAAUCCCAUCCUCAGUCCAUGGCCCAUCCUCCAUCCAUGGCCCAUGGUCAAACUCAUACUCAGCCAAUGGCCCGGCCAGCUCACGCCCAGCCCUCAACUCAACAUCAAACCCAAGCUCCACUUGCCAUCCAGUCUCAGGGUCAUUCCCAGCCAAGGUCUCAGUAUCCCAAACAUGCUCAGCCAGAGGUACAACACCCGGGCCAUAUUGCCCAGGGCCACAUCCAUGCUUGGACUCAAGUUAGAGGCUCAUCCCCAAUGUCUGUCCAGUAUCCACCAGCUACUGCGCAAUCUCCACUUUACCCCCCAGGUUACUGCCAGAGCCAGUCUCCAUCUCAGCAGUGGCCACCCACUCAAGAGCCUCAAAGCCAAGCCAUUGCGCAGCAGAGGCAUCCAAUUCCCCAGCCAUACCCCCAGCAAAAGGAUCAGUCUCCACAGUCUCAGGCUUAUCCACCACAGUGGCCCCAAACAGGGCCACAACAAGGACCUCCGAUUGGGUUUUCUCACAUGGGGCCAUCAUAUACUCAGAUGCAAACACAAACUCAACCUUGGGCUCAAACACAACCCCAAAUGAGACCCCAGAGUUCCAUGCAGCAACCACCUCAGAUGGGAGGUUAUAUAUUUUCUGUCCAGACACAACAAGGCCAAGUUCAGCAACACACAUGGGCUCACCCACCAACUCAACUACAGCCUUAUCCUCCAUCUUAUCCCCCACCUCAGUCUCAGCAAUAUUCCCAGGUUCAACAUCAAACUCAGCGUCACCCUCAGCCUCAGAUGCAAGCUCAAGUACCUCCACAAUCGCAACCACCACACCAAGUCCAUCCUCAGCCUCAGCUACAACCUCAGCUGCAGGCCCAGUCCCAAACACACAUCCAGACACAGCCACUGGUACAAGUAAAACCGCAGCCUCAGCAGCCUCAGCAGCCUCAGCAGCCUCAGUCCAGUAUUCAGUUCCAGCAGCAUCAGGCUCAGCUCCAACAACAACAGCAAAAGAUUCAGUCACCAACUCAACCAAAAGUUGAUUCACAACCACAACCCAAACCUCAUCCACAACCAGAGAUUUACUCAACAACUCAACCUAAGGUUCAGUCACCUACCCAACCUAAAGUUCAGUUGUCAACCAAGCCCAAUGCUGAAUCACUGCCACGACUCUUACCUGAGCACCAGUUGCCCCCUCAACCAGUGUCUCAGUCACAAAUCAAAGUUGAAUCACUACAACAGCAAAAAUCACAGGCCCAAAUAGCACCACCACCUGCACAGUCACCAGCUCAACCUAAGGUUCAGUCCCCAACCCAACCCAAGGCCCAAUCAGCACCACCAUCCAAAGCUCAAACACCAGCUCAACCCAAGGUCCAAUCACCAACCCAACCUGAGACCCAAUCACUUCAGCAACCCACCCAGCAGACACAAUUGCCACCACAGCCACAAUUUCAGGCUCAGUCACCCCCACUACCCAAGGCCAAAACUGCACCUCAAUCUAAGGCUCAGUCACCCCCACAGGCUAGACCUCAGACCCAAACUUUUCCACAGUCGAAACCUCAGACUCAGUCUCCUCCACAACCCAAACCUCAACAGCCCCAAAGCCUCCUCUCCCAGGUCAGCAUGCUGCCUCAGUCCCUGGCUGAGUCACCAGACCUGUGCAUGAUACCUCCGGCCCUGGCCCAGGCGCCUCCUCAGGCCUAUACAGAGGCUUACGUCAAGGCCCAGGCAUUGGCUAGAAAUGGCUUUGAGGAGGCCAAGCACUGUCUGCAGGAGCACAUCAUGGAGACCAUCAACAUUUUUAAGGACAAAUCUAUGUCAGCCGAGCCAGCAUCAGUGAAAGAGGAAACUCUGAAGACAUUGGACCCAGAGUUGCUAGAUGAGUUCUUGAGAGCAGCUAAGGGUAUGGAGGCUUUUUGUACCCCGUCACAACUCAAAGACAUGGAGUUCUUCACCCAGUCUGUCAGAACACAGUGGGAGGCUGUGAGAGCUGAGAUCUCAGGCUUUCUGCUGCAAUUACGUUUUGAAGUAACAAGGAAAGACUUUAACAAAGCUGCCCUGCAGUGUGAGAUGCACUUAAGCUCCGGCUUAGAAAAAGAAGCGCAGGCUUGUUUCUCAGCGGACGGCAGCUUUGCCCAGGCAGGGCAGCAUCUGGAGGCCUUGAAGGAGCUGUGUGACACCCUGAGCCCCGAGGACGCUCACCGCCUAGCCCAGACUCAGCUGAGGGAGUGUGAGACGAGGCUGGCUGCCAUCCAGCGGCAGUUCAGUGGAGACCAAGACGCGCCACUCCCUGAUUCUAGGAUUCCUGUUGCCUUCAGUGAGGAUCUGACCACACAAAAGGAACCCACAAGACCAAGUGACAAACCUCAGGUCUCAGCUGAGGUGUUUGCAGUGCCAGUGAAGACUGUCGGUGUGGAGAAGAGGGUGUUUGAGAAGCAGCCGUCUGCAGAGGAGGAAUGCACCAAAAAGGAGGCUUUAGAAAGAUAUGAGAAUUGUAAGAGGCCUCUGCAAGCUCAGCUGGCUAAAAAUGAGCAGAGCAUUGAGGAUGUCCCCUCUGAAUCUGUCUCUCUGAAAGGACUGCACACACGGCUCCAGGAAAUACAGUUCUUGAGGCAGGAGACAGAGUCUCUAUGGUCUGACUAUGCAAACCAGUGCUCCCAGUGUUCCCAGUUGAGUGGAAACACUGGUCUGGAGCGAGAGAAAGCAGAGCUGCAGGAGCAAUGGCGCAGCCAACAGUCCAAACUUCAGCAGAGGGGAAGCUCACUGGGCGCAGCUCUCAGACAGAUCGACUCCACCGAAAACCACAUGGUAGACUUCACCGACCGCUUGGGCCGCUACCUGAGACAACCCAAAGACAUCACUGCCUUCACACUGGCCAGCACCAACAUCCUGAAGGAUAUCAAGGAACUGGAUGACAACAUCCAGAGCGAGUUGGACCAGCUGUCCCGUCUUGACCCAGAAUCCAGCGAUCUGGACCCCAGAGACUGCCUGCCACUGUCUCGUGAGGUUGACACUCACAAAACCAGCCUGGAUCAACUUCGACAGCAAGUCCGGAAGAGUGAAGCAGCCGCUCGCGCCCUUGACCGCUUCCUCAUGUCACUGCGUACUGUGGAUGAAGACAUCUCUGGAGUCCAAGGUGCCCCCUGCAGUGAUGCUGUGGUACUGCAGGAUUGUCGCUCCAAGCUGGCUGUGAUCAGGCAGAGCAUCGAAAGUCUGAAAGAAAAGGCUCCUCAGCUGGAUGUGCUCCUGCAGGGGGCCCGGCUGACAGUCACCAGGGAUGGCGUCCCGGCCUCGUGCCUGGACAUGGUGACGUCUCUGCUGAGAAGACUGGAGGAGGCGGACAGUGGGCUGGCCGGGCAGCAGAAAGGCCUCCAGAAGGAGACUCAGAGCAGAUCACUGGGCCUCCGGAAGAGGACUCUGCUGGGGGAGCUGAGCAGGCUGCAGGAAACAAUCGAAACACAAGGCCUGAAGGAGCCCACCAUACCUGCUGUGCAGAACAGGCUUCGUGCCCUGUCAGAUUUGGAGGGUCAGCUGCAGGUUCAGCAUGCAGAGCUCCAGAACCUCCGUGAACUUGAGGAGAAACAAGGAGGAGGAGAACAACUCCUUCAAGAGGUGGAGACUCAGUGGAAGGAGAUUCAGAGAGAUUUUUCUGACAGGAAGAAGCAGUGUAACAUCCUGCUGGAGCUUCUGAAGAAGUUCCAGAGCUGCCGCAGUAACCUGGGCAACACCAUGCAGAAAGCAGAGCAGACCAUCAGUGAUCGCACUUCCUACAUGGGCAAGGACAACCUGCAGAGAACUAUUGCCACGGUCAGUGAUAUUAAAGAGAAGCUAGGUGGGGUUGGAGAGUGCAUGGAAGACAUAAAGGGUGUUUGCAGACAGCUGCAGACCCAGCUGAAGAAGUUCCCAGACUGCAGUGAGAUGUCCUUUGAAACAGAGGCCAACACACUCAUGGACAGCUGGCUGGAUGUGACUGAGAAGACAGAUGCCUACAUGGAUAACCUGCAGGUGGGGCUGGAGCUGUGGGAGAAGCAGCUGAUGGUGGGGGGAGAGGUGGACAGCUGGGCAGGGGCCAAACUGGCCAUGUUUGCAGAGAGUCAUCCCUUCCACAACGAGCAACAAGUCCUCGCCAUGAGGGAUGAGAUCAGUGCCAAUGAGGAAAACAUUGAGCAUUUCCACAAGAAGUCUGUAGAGAUCCAGCAGAUGCUGCAGAGUCAGGAAGCACCACUAGAGCUGCAGGUGAUAGAGACCCAGCUGAGGAAGAGGAUGGAGCAGGUGAAGGAGCUGUUUACCGACUGCACGGACGUCUUUGAGGAGCUGGUAGCUGUAAAGAAACACCUAGCUGAGAUGAUUGAAGAGUGCCAGACAGCCAUAGAGAGCAUCCAGUGUUCUGUCAGCAAUGUUGAUGCAUCACAACCAACCGUGGAAGACGAGAUACAGCAUCUGUGUGAUGACCUGGAGGCUCAGGAGGAGCAGGCCGAGGCUGCGCUGAAGGAGGUGGGUUUGGUUUCCAGUAUGGCCAGUCCUCAGGUCCUGGAGGCACUGUCUGUGGACUGCAACAGGCUGAAGGAGGCCAUCUCUCGCAGCAAGGAAAUGAUCCACCUUAAAAGAGAGGAGAGGGACAAAGGGUUGCUCAAGGUCAUCAAAGAUGAAAAGCAGUCAUUUGAGGAAUGGUUCCAGGACCAGCAGCUGUCCGUCAAUGAGUGCUUUGAGAACCCUGAGAGCAAAACAGAUGUGGAAACAUCCCUGCAAAGACUCACUGGUUUCCUGAAAUCCAGGGAUGCAGAGAGACGUCUGGAGCAGCUGAAAGAUCAGCUGGAGAGAGGCAGCCAGCAGGUUCCUGCCCAGCAGCUGUCUGAGUUCACAGACUGGCUGAAGGAGCAGCAGAAGGAGGUGGGCAGGUUCAGAACCCACUGUGAGAACAGGCAGAAACAAAUGGAGCCACUCCUCAGGGACUUGAACAGUCUGCAGAAGCAACAUGACAGCUUCCGUGACUGGCUGCAGACCAAAGAAAAACAAUCUGUGGAGUCAGACAAAGCCAAACUUAUUCUCAAAGACCUUCAGGAUGAGAGUGGUAGAGCGGAGACCCUCAUUGAGCUGUUAGCAUCGGUGCGCAGACAAGGCGUCAGAGCUGAAAGCCUCCUGAAGGACGGUGAUAACUUGAUACAGAGCUACAGGAACCUGGAUGCCAGGCUGCAGAAGCAGGCAGAUGCCCAGAGCGCCCUGGAGGGCGAAGUUGAUAAGUUUAAUACCCAGGCUAAGAGCACCAGGUCCUGGAUCACUGACCUUGUGCAACCCCUCAUCUCCCCUGACAGAGAUAUGCAGACAGAGGAGAUAAAGCAAAAAGCACAGGCCGUCCUGAGCUCUAAACCUGAGGGAGACUCGAAAGUGAACAACCUGAGAAGACAAAGCGAAGGUCUGUGUGAGCAGGAGGAUCUGGGGGAGGGCAAGAAAAAAGAGGUUCAGCAGUCUGUCAGUGAAACAGAGGAGCAGUGGAGGAGGGCCCUGCAGACAGCUGAGGAGAAUCUCAACAAGGCGGAAACACAAGCUUUAUUAGACAAAGACGUAAACGCUGUCAAAUCCCAGAAUGAAAAUGUUCGGUCCUGGAUUAGAGACCAGGAGCAGAACAUGGAGUCACUUGAUGGUUGUGUGCAAGUUGAUGAAAAGCUACAGAUUGCAAAAGCGAUUCUGAGCUCCAAGACUGAAGGAGAUUCAAAGCUCCAGGAUCUGAAGCAACAGUGCCAGAGUCUGUGUGACAACCAGGGCUUGGACGAGAGCCGGAGACGAGAGGUUCAGGACGCAGUCAGAGAAACAGAGGAUCAGUGGAGGAAAGUGUUACAGACUGCUGAGGAUGGUCUCAACAAGGCAGAGACUGAAACUGCCUCUGAAAAGGAAAAUGGUGCUUUUAAAACCCAAAGUGAAAACAUACAAUCCUGGAUCAAAGAUCAGAGGCAGAAGCUGUUGUCUCUCGGUAGUCACAUGCCGUUUGAAGAAAGGUUACAGGUCGCACAGGCUGUUAUGACCUCCAAACCUGAAGGAGAGUCCAAGGUGCAAGACUUGAAGACACAAGCUGAACGUCUGUGCAAACAUCUGGAGGAGAGCAAGAAGCCAGAGGUUCAGCAGUUGGUAAAAGACACAGAGCAGCAGUGGAAUACAGUCCUGCAGGCUGCCAGGCAGGCUGAGCUGCGAUGUCUUUCCGACGAUUUCGACACUCAGAGUAAGAACAGUCAGUCUUGGAUCAGAGGCAGACAGCAGCAGCUACAGUCUGUGGGCAGUCACACACCACCCGACGAGAGAUGUCAGACAGCUCAGGCCAUCUUGAGCUCCAAACCUGAAGGUGACUGUACAGUGAAUAACCUGAGGAGACGAGGCCAGAGUCUCUGUGACCAUCAGGAUGCAGACAAGGGCCGGAAAACCCAUGUCCAGAAGACAAUCAGAGACACUGAGGAGCAGUGGAGGACAGUCCUGCAGGCUGCGACACAGGUUGAAGCAGCUGCAGAAGCAGAGAUCAACAUGAAGACUGAGAAGACAAAGUUGAAGCUGAAAGAGUUUGAUACCCAGCAGAAGGAUACUGACAACUGGCUUUCAAACUUCCAACAAAGACUGGACUUACUGAAAAACCAAACCAAAGCUGAGGACAGACUGCACACUGCUCAGGCCAUUAUGAGCACCAAGCCUGAAGGAGAGUCCAAGGUCCAGAAGCUCAGGAGGCGAGGUCAGAGUUUGAGCAGUGAGGACCUCGAAGAACCCAAAAAACAAGAGGUUCAACAAAAAGUAAAAGGUGCUGAGGAGCAGUGGACCAAAGUCCUGCAAAAUGCUAAAGAAGCUCUGGAUCAGGCUGAGAAGCAGUGUGCUCUGCAGGGCCAGCUGAGGGACUACAAAGCCGUGAGAGACAACACCAAAGCCUGGCUGCAAGACAAGGAGCAGAGCCUCGUCUCUCUGGGCAGUCAGACAGAUCAGGAAAAGAAAAUAAACACUGCACAGACGAUCCUGAGCUGUAAGCUGGAGGGAGACUCCAAGCUGACAGAACUGAGGAGACAGAGCCAGAGUCUCUCUGACCAGGAGGACCUGGAGGAGGACACAAAACAAGAGGCUCAGCAGACGCUGAAAGAUUCAGAGGAGCAGUGGAAGACAGUCCUGCAGACUGCAGAGGACACUCUGAAGAGAGCUGAGGUUCACUACUCGCUCUCCAGGGAGCUGGAGUCCUUCCGCACACAAGCAGGGAGCACCAAAACCUGGGUGAACAACCUGCAGGAACAGGCCAAGUCCAAAGGCAGCGGCACUCAGGGCAACCGGGCUCAGAUAGAGGACAGGCUUAACACAGCACAGUUCAUUUUGAGCUCCAAGUCCAACGGUGAGGCUCAGGUGAUGGAGCUGAAGAAACGAGCUCAGAGUCUGUGUGAGCAGAAAGACCUGGAGAAAGACAAGAAGCAAGAGGUUAAGCAGACGGUGAAAGACACUGAGCAGCAGUGGAGGACGGUCCUGCAGGCAGCUGAGGAUACACAAAGGCAGUUGAAAGGUGUUGUGGAGCACCUUGCGUCUUGUCAGGAGCAGUUGGACCAGACUGAGGCCGAUCUGUCUGAGGUGCAGAAGCAAACGUCAAACCUGCCACGACUCUUCCCCUGGCCGGGCCUAGGAGAGCGGAGGCUGGCUGUGGAACAGGUCCGCUCCCUGCUGGACCAGAGCACGGCUUUGGCCCCCCGCCUCUCAAACCUCCGCACACAGCCUCAAGGGUUACCUUGGAUCACACCGGACUGCAUUGCUCAUCUUCUUAAGGAGUUAGAGGAGCGAAAGGCUGAGAUGAAGCAGGGCAUCCAGAUGGAGAGGCAGUGCAACCAGCUGAUGGAGCAGCAUGAAGCAGCACAGGACUGGCUGAGGGACCAGGUUAAAGGCCUCGGAGCUCCUCCAGCAGACAGACAAGGCCUGCGCAGCACUGUCAACACUCUGAAGGCCUUGCUCCAGACAGUGGAUCGGGAGCAGAAAGAGAUGAAGGAGCUGGACUCUGCCAGAGACAGUUUGCUGAACCUCUGCACCCCUGAAGGUCGGGAUGCCCUGAACCUGGAGGUCAGCCAACUCCACAACCUCUGUGCUACCUCGGAGCAGGACGUGAGGGAGCGUCUGACAUUCUGUGAGUCGCGGCUGGAGGAGCUGGAUGGUCAGCUGGCCAAGAGGACCCAGGGGCUGAAGGAGAGAGGUGCAGCCCUUCAGUGGGAGCUCCGCUCUCUGGACCAGGCCCUCAGUUACAGUGAGCCACAGAACAACAUCGCUCAGCUCCAACAGCACUGGAACAGCCUUCAGAACUGUGAGAAAUCCCUCAAAGAUUUGGGUGUUAAAGUUCAUGACCUUGACCAGGAAGUGAAGGCUACACCUGCCACUGAUGAGCUGCCAACAGAAAUUACGACUGUGGUGCAGUCUUUAUGCCAGCAACAUGACAGUCUAAAGUCCAGGCUGAGUGAGCGUAAGGAUACCUGCUCGACAAACACCACUCGCUGUCUGAUGGACUGUCUUCACACCCUACAGGAGUGGAACCUCAACAAACCAUCCGGGUCCAUUUCUUCUGUGCAGGUGACAUUAGAAGAAGGUGAAAAGUUGCAGGCCAGCUUGCGGGAGGCACUCUCACACAAGCCAUUUCUAAAAGACUGUAUGAUGCCAGUCUUGAUUGAAAAGCUGGAGAGAGAGGGAUCAGAGACUCUCAGAGAAGCAGACAAACAUAAGGCUUCUCUCAGCCAGAGCUUAAAGGAACUUGAACAAAAGUUGCCUGAUGUCCUUCAUGGUAAUCUGCCGGAGACAAAGACAUCUUUUGUGGCACCACCACGGAAAAGCAAGCGCUCACCUGAGAAAAAACAAGUUUUACAACAAAAAACCAUUCCCCUAAAAGACGAAUCGUCACGUUCAGCUGAGUUGCAAACUGAGACUAAAACAUCAAAACCUGUUGUGACAGUAAUCAUGGAAGACAUAAAGACUCAUGGGGUUACACAAACCAAAACUGAAUCAACAGAAAAGAAAUCUCAAAGUCCUACAUGUGAUUCAGAACCUUUUACAGCACACCCCUCCAACACUUCUCAAGAGGCACCGUUUAAAGGUAUGAAGUUAGAUACCACAACUGAGCUUCUUGCAGCUGAGCAAAUCAGAUCUAUCAUCGCUGAGGAACCUUUACCGAUAGAAAAGGUCAUUGAACAGUCCGCACCUAGUGUUAGUGAAAAAAGUACGCUUGUACCAUCCAGGAGAAAGUCAAAGACUUCAGCCACUGAUAUAGAGCCUACCCAGACUAAAGUGGAGACUGAAAUAUUGAAAUCUAUCAGUGCUCAAGGAUCAGCCACAAAUCUGACAGGAACUGCAGCUGUGGAAGAAACAAAGCGUAUAGACACCAUUAUUCUCGAUGUAUCAGAGCCACUCGCUUCUGGCCCCGGCAGCCUGAAGUCUUCUUUAACUCCACAGGUGGCCACAGAACUAACUGAAACUACCGUUGUAAAAGAAAAAGUGCCUUCUCCAACAAAAAGAACGUCAAAGGAUCCAAUGCGUUCCCCAAAACAUGCUACAAAGGGUCUUGAGGCUUCCACAGUUGCAGAGCCAGUCUCUGCCCUUGGUGGGAUUUCGGGUUUGGAGUAUAAGGAAACAAAACAAGAACCUGAAAAUUAUACUGCAACUCCAGAGUUAGUUCAAGGGCAAGCUCAAACUGCUGCUUUGGAACAAAGUAAGCUUAUCCCACCCAAGAGAAAGUCAAAGAGUACAGAACUUUCUCUUAAACUUGCUGACACUGAGGCACACCAGACAAUGAUUGAACCUGAAGGUCAGACAUCAUCUUUGAGUUCCAUUAACCAAAACCAACCAAAAAGUGUUGUUAUUGAAGAAACAAAUCUUGUACCAACUAGGAGAAAGUCAAAGAAUAAUGACUUUUCCACAACUUCUGAAGCAGUUGUUACCCAUGUUCUAUUAUCUGCUGUGGAGAUUCAACAAAGUAGCAAAGAACUUGAAGGUCAAAAGUCUUCAACUCCAGAGGUGGUCACAGAAACAAGUGUUGUGGAAAAAGGGAAGCUUUCACCAACCAAAAGAAAAUCGAAGGGUCUGAAACUUUCCCCAGAAACAGCAGCAGCAGAGCUGACAAAGACCAAGGAAGAGCCUGUCAGUCAGAAGCCAUCUUCAACCCAAGAGGUGGUCACAACAACAACUAAAAUUACUGUUGUGGAAAAGGGAGAGCUUUCACCAACCAAAACAAAGUCAAAGAGUCCAACACUUUCCCCAGAAAUUGCAACCACGGAGCUUACAAAGACCAAGAAAGAACCUGUCAGUCAGAAGCCAUCUGCAACCCAAAAGAUGGUCACAAAAACAACUGACAUUACUAUUGUGGAAAAAGGACAACUUUCACCAACCAACGGAGAGCCAAAGGGUCUGAAACUUUUCCCAGAACCUGCUACCACAGAGAUGACAAAGACAAAGGAAGAACCUGUCAGUCAGAAGUCAGCUUCAACUCAAGAGAUGGUUACAACAACAACAACAACAACAACAACAACUGAAGUUACUGUUGUGGAGAAAGGAGACCUUUCACCCACCAAAAGAAAGUCAAAGGGUCUUAAACUUUCCCCAGAGACUACAACCACAGAGCUGGCAAAGACCAAGGAAGAGCCUGUCAGUCAGAGGUCAGCUUCAUCUCAGAAGGUAGUCACAACACCAACUGAAAGUACUGCUAUGAAAAGGGGAGAGCUUUCACCAACCAAAAGGAAAUCUAAGGGCCCUAAACUUUCCCCAGAAACUGCAACCACAGAGCUGACAAAGACCAAGGCAGAACCUGUUAGUCAGAAGCCAUUUUCGACUGAAGAGGUGGUCACAACAACAACUGAAAUUACUGCUGUGGGAAAAGGACAGCUUUCACCAACCAAAGGAAAGCCAACGGGUCUUAAACUUUCAACAGAACCUGUUACCACAGGGUUGACAACGACCAAGGAAGAACCUCCAAGUCAAAAGCUAUCUGCAACUCAAGAGGUGGUCACAACAACAAAAACUAAAAUUACUGUUGUGGAAAAAGGACAACUUUCACCAACCAAAGGAAGACCAAAAGGUCCUAAACUUUCUCCAGAACCAUCUACCAAGGAGCUGACAAAGACCAAGGAAGGACCUGUCAGUCAGAGGUCAACUUCAACUCAAGAGGUGGUUACAACCAUAACAACGUCUACUAAGUACUGUUGUGGAAAAGGGAGAGCUUUCACCAACCAAAAGAAAGUCAAAGGGCCCUAA